AUGUCGUCCUCUCCCAAGAUCCUCAUUCUCGGAGCCGCUGGCUACAUCGGAGGCACCCUCCUGGUCGACCUUCUCAAGACCCACCCGGCCAACAACAUCACCACCCUCGUCCGCGACGAAGCGAAGCAGGCCCUCCUUACCCCUCUCGGUGUCAAUGCCGUCGUCGGUGCCGUCGAGGAUGUUCCUUUGCUCAUCUCCCUGGUGGAAAACAGCGACGUCGUGAUCAACUUUGCGGUCCCGUUCGGCGGCGGCGAUGCUAGCCUCCACGCUAUUGUGGACACUCUCGAGAAGCGCGCCAAGACCUCGUCCAUUAAGCCGGUCUACAUUCACACUUCGGGAUCGGGAUCUGUUCUCUACGGCUCGGAUGGUGUCACCGGUACGGAUGUCUGGAAGGACACCGACUACGAGCGGUGGGAGGCUCUCCCAGACACUGCCUACUUCCACUCCGGCAGCCGAAUCACCGCCAAGGCUGCUGAGCGUGGCGUGAUCUCUGCUUACAACAUCAUGUCGCCCACCGUUUACGGCCCUGGCACUGGUCCGGGUAACAAGCUCUCACUUCAGAUUCCUGCAUACGUCCGCUAUGCCAAGCGCACUGGCACCGCGGCCUACAUUGGCCAGGGCGAGAACGUUUGGGGCAACGUUCACAUUGCCGACGUUUCUCGCCUGUACGUGGCCAUUCUCGACUAUGCCCUUAGCAACCCCGCUGCCACCACCGCGUCGGCUGGUUCACACGGCUGGUCCAACCUCAUCUACUCUGGUAUCGCCCAGCACACGUGGAAGCCGGUUGUCGAGCUCCUUGGCGACCAGCUGUACGCGCGUGGAGAUAUCCCCAACAAGGGUGCCAAGAGCAUCGCCGAGGGCGAGGGUGACCCGUACAUGUUUGGCGGCAACUCGUUCCUCGCUGUGAGCAGCAAGACGCAGACGUUUGGUUGGACGCCUCGCGAGCCGGCCAUCCUCGAAGCGGUCAAGCUGGCUCUUGCGUCCAAGUAG